AGACAUGAGGAUUGGACGGUCAUUUUGUGCUUGUUAUAGGGUCAAUUUUGUAAAUCCAGCUCCUCUAUAGUACUAGAAUGUUUUAAGAGCAAUGGGAGAUAUGUUUGGAGAUUUUGUAUUUUGAAGCUGCUAACCUUCUUACAUGUGCAGACGUAUCGGUGAUUCGGCGAGAAAGGUUCCACGCUCGCCGAAUGUGAGCUGCGGCUGAGUACUUCGCCGGAAAACUCAAGCUCGGAUUAUUCUCCUGAUAUUCUCUUCAACGACGCUGUUGGUCUGGUUUUGUUUUUGAUAUUUAGAGUGAUUGAAGAAUUGGAGAGCUGUUUGUUUGAAAUGCAAGAUAUACAUUCAAUCGGAGGGGGAGGAGGCCGGUUGUUUACCGGGGGAGGGGACCGGAGGCUGAGGCCGCACCACCACCAUAACCACCAGACCUUGAAGUGCCCGCGGUGCGACUCACUCAACACCAAGUUCUGCUACUACAACAACUACAACCUCUCCCAGCCGCGCCAUUUCUGCAAGAGUUGUCGGAGGUACUGGACCAAGGGCGGCGUCCUCCGCAACGUUCCCGUCGGAGGCGGCUGCCGGAAAGCGAAGCGGUCCAAGCCGAAGGCCUCCUCCUCGGACGCGCCGCCUCAGGACCGCAAAUCCAACUCUCAUUCUAGCAGCGAGAGCUCCAGCCUCACCGCCUCAACCACCGCGGCCACGAGAGUCUCCACCGCCGCCGCAACCACGACUGAGGUCGCGUCUGCGAGCUCGUCGACCUCAGCGUCGGCAUUAUUCAACUUCCAGGACUCGAGGUUCUUCAACAUGCCGCAAACGGCAAACCCUAGCCUGGAGCCGCAGCUGAUCGAUCAGCCAACGGAGGGGACGAUCUUCGCCGAGAUCGGAACCUUCACGAGCCUGAUGACAUCCUCAUCCGCCGAUCCGCCGCCUCAAGGCUUCAACAUCACCGACAUUCCGGCGUCGGCGUACGAGUUGCAGCAACAGCAUCACGCAAUCGCCGUACACGAUCAGAGUCCGAACCAACAGUGGCAGCAGCAACCACAGAAGAUGACAAGCUCGAUGCCGGAAGACGUGAAGAUGGAAGAGAUCACGGCGGGGUACGUGGAUCAGACGGCUCAGUUAGAAGUUCCCGGAGGAGGAGGGCUCCAUUACAGAGAGAACAAUGGUAGCAACUUUGGACUGGGGGCACUUGACUGGCAAGCCGGCGGAGAUCAAGGCCUGUUUGAUCUCGCCGGAAACGUCGAUCAAGAUCAAGCAUACUGGAGUCAGACUCAGUGGACUGACCUUGAUAACUCUCUGUAUCCCCCCUAAUCUCUCUCUCUCUCUCUCUCUUUCUAUAUAUAUCUCCUAUCUCUAUCUAAUCCCUAAACAAAAAUUUUAAAAAAAUUACAGAGAAAAACGAAAGAAGAAUAUGAGAACGAAUCACUCUCUGUAAAUCUGUUUCUUGUUUUUCUUGUUCUUCCUUUUGUGGAGUGGUUUUGGAAGGUGUUUGAGGUUUGAUCAAUGUUGAUCUUGAACUAACUUUCUUUCCGUUUUCUGGUUUCUCGGUUAUAGAUCUUUAAUUGUAUGGAAGAUGAAUGCCAAGUCUUAUCUCUGUGUUCUAGUA